UAAAAGUGAAUUUAUUGAUUUUAAUUUUCGAGGACAACCUGUGGCGCUAAGAAGGGACUUGUUUACUUUCAGCUGAUGGAAUAAUGUUGACAUUUCAAACAAGAGAAUGGUUAACAUGAUUUGCGUACGUAUUUUUGGGGUUGAAAUAAUAAUAAAAAUAAUGUGGAAAAUAUCUACCUUUUUAAUUAAUAGAUAGAAGAAAAAUGCUACAUCGGAAGGCAAUAUUUAAAAAAAAAAAUUGUUUUAAUAAGGUUAAACUAUUCUUAUUGUAAUAUAUCUUUUUUAUUCGCAUGCAAAAAUGGGUUGAAAUGUAAUCCUUUCUUUUAAUUAUUUUUUUUUAAAAACAACACAAAAUGCUUAUAAAUGUUUAUUAUUUUUUUUUUUUAUUUUUCUUAUUUGGCAGUGUGGUUUCACUUUAAGUUUAAGAAUGUCAUUUACUCAACGUACCUUGAAUUUUUUAUUAUUUUGUUAAAGUCUCAUCCAUAAAUAAAAUGAUUUAAAUACAUCUGAAUGGCAAUAUCUUUUUUUUUUUUAUUAUUAUUUAUUCAUCAACCGGACGUCAACUUCAACACAAAAUAUAACCUAACCCUUUUUUUAAAUGGUUCCACGACAAAGUAAACCAAUUUCUUUAGUUUAACUGGCAUAUUAAGCGGCUAUUAGACAAAGAGCAUAUUUCGAACAAGAGCAGAAUCUUAAGAUAAUGUGUAGCGCCCCCCCCCGCCUCUCCCCGGCCAUUAGACCUUUCGUCAAAAAAAAAGCGUACUAUUUCAAACCAGAGCAGAAUUUUAAGAUAAUUUUCAGCUCCUCCCCCACACCCUCUUUUUUAUCUUAAAAGUUAAAUGACAGCCAAAUGUGUAUAGUGAUCUCCCGUUCCCCACACCCUCUUUUUUAUCUUAAAAGUUAAAUGACAGCCAAAUGUGUAUAGUGAUCUCCCGUUCCCCAAACCCUAACAUGAUCGCCAAGUUAAAUGACAGCCAAAUGUGUAUAGUGAUCUCCCGUUCCCCAAACCCUAACAUGAUCGCCAAGUUAAAUGACAGCCAAAUGUGUAUAGUGAUCUCCCGUUCCCCAGACCCUAACAUGAUCGCCACUCCUCACAGAAGUUCGAAAGAAAGACAUGGUUUGUCGUGUAUUGCAAAACGAAACUUUCGCAGAAACGAGCCCUUUCCACUCGCUUGAAGAGUCCUCCAGCGAUAAGAGGACAGCAGGCGUCUGAUUACAAGAACAUGCGACUCUUGAUGGAAAUGUUAGCGCCAGGCAGACACACGACUCUUAAUUGAAAUGUUACAGUCAGACAGACACACGCACGACUCUUGAUUGAAAUGUUACAGUCAGACAGACAGACACACGACUUUCAAUUUAAAUGUUACAAUCAGGCAGACACACGUCUCUAAAUUUAAAUGUUACAAUCAGGCAGACACACGUCUCUUAAUUUAAAUGUUACAAUCAGACAGACACACGUCUCUUAAUUUAAAUGUUACAAUCAGGCAGACACAUGUCUCUUAAUUUAAAUGUUACAAUCAGGCAGACACAUGUCUCUUAAUUUAAAUGCUACAAUCAGACAGACACACGUCUCUUAAUUUAAAUGUUACAAUCAGGCAGACACAUGUCUCUUAAUUUAAAUGUUACAAUCAGGCAGACACACGUCUCUUAAUUUAAAUGCUACAAUCAGACAGACACACGUCUCUUAAUUUAAAUGUUACAAUAAGGCAGACACGUGUCUCUUAAUUUAAAUGUUACAGUCAGACAGACACACGUCUCUUAAUUUAAAUGUAACAGUCAGACAGAGACACGUCUCUUAAUUUAAAUUUUACUGUCAGGCAGACAGACACACGACUCUUAAUUGGAAUGUUACAAUCAAGCAGACACACGUCUCUAAAUUUAAAUGUUACAAUCAGACAGACACACGUCUCUUAAUUUAAAUGUUACAAUCAGGCAGACACAUGUCUCUUAAUUUAAAUGUUACAAUCAGGCAGACAUACGUCUCUUAAUUUAAAUGCUACAAUCAGACAGACACACGUCUCUUAAUUUAAAUGUUACAAUAAGGCAGACACAUGUCUCUUAAUUUAAAUGUUACAGUCAGACAGAGACACGUCUCUUAAUUUAAAUGUUACAAUAAGGCAGACACAUGUCUCUUAAUUUAAAUGUUACAAUCAGGCAGACACAUGUCUCUUAAUUUAAAUGCUACAAUCAGACAGACACACGUCUCUUAAUUUAAAUGUUACAAUCAGGCAGACACAUGUCUCUUAAUUUAAAUGUUACAAUCAGGCAGACACACGUCUCUUAAUUUAAAUGCUACAAUCAGACAGACACACGUCUCUUAAUUUAAAUGUUACAAUCAGGCAAACACACGUCUCUUAAUUUAAAUAUUACAAUCAGACAGACACACGUCUCUUAAUUUAAAUGUUACAUUCAGACAGACACAUGUCUCUUAAUUUAAAUGUUACAGUCAGACAGACACACGUCUCUUAUUUUAAAUUUUACAAUCAUACAAACACACGGCUCUCAAUUUAAAUGUUACAAUCAGGCAGACACAUGUCUCUAAAUUGAAAUGUUACAGUCAGGCAGACAGACACUCGUCUCUUAAUUUAAAUGUUACAAUCAGACAGACACUCGUCUCUUAAUAUAAAUGUUACAAUCAGACAGACACUCGUCUCUUAAUUUAAAUGUUACAAUCAGACAGACACUCGUCUCUUAAUUUAAAUGUUAAAAUCAGACAGACAGACACUCGUCUCUUAAUUUAAAUGUUACAAUAAGGCAGACACUCGACUCUUAAUUUAAAUGUUACAGUCAGGCAGACAGACACACGUCUCUUAAUUUAAAUAUUACAAUCAUACAAACACACGACUCUCAAUUUAAAUGUUACAGUCAGGCAGACAGACACACGUCUCUUAAUUUAAAUAUUACAAUCAUACAAACACACGACUCUCAAUUUAAAUGUUACAGUCAGACAGACAGACACACGUCUCUUAAUUUAAAUGUUACAAUCAUACAAACACACGACUCUCAAUUUAAAUGUUACAGUCAGGCAGACAUAAACUCGUCUCUUAAUUUAAAUGUUACAAUCAGACAGACAUACGUCUCUUAAUUUAAAUGUUACAGUCAGGCAGACAGACACACGACUCUUAAUUGAAAUGUUACAGUCAGGCAGACAGACACACGUCUCUUAAUUUAAAUGCUACAAUCAGACAGACACACGUCUUUUAAUUUAAAUUUUACAGUCAGACAGACACUCGUCUCUUGAUAAUAAAUAGUACAGUCCGACACACAGACAGAUACUCGAAUUUCAAUUGAAAUGUUACAUUCAGUGACGUAGCUAGGCUUAUUUCCGCAACGGGGGUUGAUAGAGAAUUUUUGCCCCCCCCCCCUUGGGCCCCACCCGUUCGACGAAAAAAGAACUCUUCAGCCUGCCGAAAAUUCCGCCCUCCAUAUAAAAAGUGCCAUCAGAUGGAACGCCCCUCCCACCCCCCACCCCCCAGCUAAGUGAAACACCAUACAAACUCCCAAGUUUCUAUUCUGAGAUUGCACUCCUUCGUUUGUGUUUACAGUAGCUUCACAGGUGGAUGCCAAUUAAUUCUCAACAAUUUGAGAAUCUCUAUGCUGGUUUAUCAUUAACUUUAGUAAAACAAAGAAAGCGCACACCAAGGAAAAGGCAGAAGUGACCCAAAAUACACUAGGACCAAUGUUCCCUUAAAAAUGCGCGGCCGCGCAGCUAACUCACAGACGCCGCGCAGCAGUUUUGAGUAUCCGCGCAGCAAAAUUCUAUGCAAGUGUGUGUUUGAGUUUGUGAGCUGUAAAAUUGUGCACACCAAAAAAUUGAUGCUGUAAAACUUUGCAUACAACUGUAUGAUUUUGCACACGAACCAGCAAACCUUUGAAGGAAUUGACUAAGGACUUUAAUACUCUUGUGUCCUACUUACGGGCAAGCUUUCCAAGCACAAACAGGACUGACUCACAGGCCUCAUGCGUACUCACCGGUUGCGAAGGACAAACAACAUAACAAAAACUAGAGGGAGAUGGGAGGGAAGGUUAUCUGAUAGACUAUAUUAUAAAGACCAGGAAAGAUGCGAACAACUUAAAUGUUGAACUCAGUACACAACUAUUAAGUAAUCAUAAUUCCUUUCAGACCAUUAAAGCGUUUACAAUAUUUUUUUUUAUAAUUUAAAAAGAUAUUGAGAUUUUCCUUUUUUUAAAUUUGUUUUUUUGACCAUGGUAAGAAAUUAUUUCACUACUAUGAUUUCUUUUUCUUUUAUUAAAGUUUAAGUAAUAAUUUAUUUUUAUUUUUUUUUUUUUAUUAAAUACCACAAUAAUCAUUUUAGAUUUGAAACCUAAUAAAGAUUAUGUUCUUGAACAACCCAGUGCAAUGUAAAAAAAAAAAAAUACUAAUAAUUUCAACGUAAAAAUGGUCUCUUGUUUGAGUUACUUCGUUUCAAAUUUCGUGGGAGGUUGGGGGGGGCUGAUUGUCACAGUACAAUCAACAAUCGCUUUCAACUAUAAUUUCAAAGAUAACAUUUUAGAUAAAUGCUAUGUAAAAAAACAAAACAAAUCAAAGCUUCUCGCAUUUAGUAACUUCAUUAAAAAAAAUGAUAAUUAUUACAUUGGAUGGUUGUUUUUUUUUAAAAUAAGUUUUUACUAAUUCCUGUAUUAAAAAAUGUUUGUUUUCUAUCAAGGAAUCAACCCCGAAAAAUUGAGUUUGUUCUACGCAUUCCUGGCUGUUUUACAAGCAGCUUGAAAGCUCUAACAUAAUUAAUUUAAAAGAUAUAGGUUUUCAUAAAAAUGUACAUUUGACGGCAUUACAAUGAUGUAAUAGUCUAAUGGUUUAAAAUGUCGCAACUUUUUUUUAAAAUGCACGAUUCAAAAUAGAUUAGAUAAUUUCUGUUCUGGUUAAACCAAUCACUAGGCAGUUGAAUCGUUCAACGUCAUUUGCGCUCUUUUAGAAUACUUAAUUCAAUACUUAAUUCAAAAAAGUAAUAUCAAUAACUAGUUAUAGCUCGCCGAACAUUGACGACAGCAGUGCGUGAACUUCCCAUCUACUAAACCAGAAGCGUAGCUAAGAGAAGCGCAGAUGCAACUGGGGCACCAGACUAGUUAUUGGUGCCAAAAUGUUCUUUGAUAUUAUUAUAUUGAUGAAAGUAACGGGGUUGAGAGUUGAAAAGAAAGGGAGGCUCUUUAAAAUGAAUCUUGUCCCCCGGGGCGCCAAACACUCUAGCCAUGCCUCUGCUACUAAAGUUACUUGACAAAUCAUCAACUCAAAUAACGCAUAUUUCAGAAUCCUAAUUUUUGAUACAUCCCUUCCCCCGCAUGAUACGUCACUGCACACUUUUUAUUUCACGCCCAAGACUUAUAUCAAUAUUCUCAUGUCCCAACCACUUUUAAACCGAAUCUUUAUUACACCAUAUUAUUUAAAUUGAGAUGAUUUCAUUUUCCGAAAAGAAAAGAAGAUAUUACGCACCAAACGCAGUUGCGUUAUUUAAAAAAAAAAAAAUCAUUUAGCGUAGUUAUCGGGAAUUAUAUUUUGCGCGCUAUCCAGUUUGGUCAAAUUUUUUUUUUCAGUUCACAUAAUAAAAUUUUGCGUCAAAUUUCGUUUUGAACGCAUUAUUUUGUUUUACUAUAUAGUAUAGUGCGUUCAAAAAGAAAUUUGACGCAAAAUUUGAUCGUGUGAACUGGAAAAAAUAAUUUGACCAAACUUCCGUUCGACAAAACUUCCGUUCGAUCAAAUUUCCCUUCGAUCAAAAGUCCGUCGAUCAAUUUUUCCGUCGACGAAAUUUCUUUCGAACAAAUUUCCGGUAACCCCAAAGCGGCACUAGCAAGCCCACUUCCUCGCUUUUACAUAUAAACAGUAACCUUUGUACCAACGAACCACUAAGUGCACAGUUUCAUUAUCUGGUCACAAGUGUUCCGUUUCUGCGUUUGCAGUGGCGUAAAAAAUGGAGGGACGUAAGGAGCACUUUUUUAAUACAUAUUUUGGGCGGCAUUUUCAGUUAACUGCAAAGUUUUUCGUAGGAGGGUGGAGGGAGGCUAUAGUAUUUGGCGCCCGGUGACAAGAUUCAUCUUAAAGCGCCUCCUUUUCUUUUUUUCAACUCUCAAAGCCAUUAUUUUCAUCAAUAAUAUUAUAUCAAAGCACAUUAUGGCGCCCCUAAUUAGCUGGCGCCAGGAUGCAUCUGUCCCCCCUGCCCCAUGCCUCGCUACGCCUCUGGGGAGGACAGAGAUAUCGACCCACCCAUGGCGGUGUUUCCCCUGUCUACCCCCCCCCCCCCCCCCACUGUAUAGUAAUGGCAAGCAUAAAAAUGAAUAAUUUAUUACUCAAUUAGCUUUUAUUUAUUGAAAAGUUCAUGGGUUCCCUUUCAAUUCUAUAGGCCACCCAUAUUUAACAAAACUAACAGGAGUUCGCCAAGGCCCCUUGUUAUUUCUUUAAGUCGGCGGGUGAUGCACAAGACAAGCGUCCAAACACAUUUAGUUUUUGCUUGACUGACUAGGCCAAUCUGCGAGUCGUAAUACGAACCUACAACCCCACUUCCUUAUCUCUGAACAAUUGGAGCUGACCUACAUAACCAAUGACAUACUCCUGUUUUUAUUUCGGUUAUUUAUUUAUUUUUUUAAAAGUACAUUACAAAACUCUAAUCCAAAAAAUAAUAAUAAUAAUAAUUAAAAAGUGAAUCAAAUAAUUAAAUGCAAGGUGUUGAGAGAAAGGUGAGAUAAGAAUGCGACUUUUUUUUUGCAUUUGUUCUACCAACGAUCACAAGAUUGACUUAUGAUCACAAGAUAAAGGUGUGAUCACAAGAUUAGGAUGUGAUCACAUGAUAAAGAUCACAGCACAAAAUUUUAGGUAUGUUCAAAAGAUUAAGGCAUGAUCACAAGAUUAAGCUAUGAGCACAAGAUCCAGGGAGGAUCACAAAAGCCCGUGUUUGUCACAAUAUCCUGGGAGGAUCACAAGAUCCAGGGAUUGUCACAAGAUCUAGGGAGGAUCACAAGAUCCAGGGAUUGACACAAGAUCUAGGGAGGAUCGAAAUAUCUUGUGUUUUGUCAAAAUAUUUUUAUUUAGGCAUUUUUAUAUAGCGCUUUACAAUUAUUAAAACCAUGUAACCUAUUUAAACUGCUAAAGUAAAAUAAAAAUUUAAAACCAGAGACACUAGAAUAGUAACUACAAUAUUAAAAAUGACUAUAGAAACAGUAGCUUAAACAUUAAAAUGGCUAUAAAAACGAGGACACUUUGGCACGUUUUGGCCUAUACUACAGGAUCAACCCGAGACUGAAAAUGAGGCAGGGCAGAGAGGGUGCAUCACAGGUCAUAGGCGGACCUAAACAGAUAGGUUUUAAGGGACUUUUUGAAAGUGGGUGAGGUUUCACAACGACGGAUGUGGAAGGGGAUCUGGUUCCAGAACGUGGGCGCAUGGAAGUAGAAGAAGCGUUCACCGAUGGUCUUAGUUUUGGUUCUUGGGAUUGAGAGGGUUCGAUUGUCAAUUGAAGAGCGUAGUUGUCUUGUGGGGAUGUAAGGAAGCAACAGUUCAGAGAGAUAGACAGGAAAGUGAGGGUCAGUGAACGAGUUGAAGCAUAGAUUGGCAGACUUGUACUUGAUGCGAGAGGAUAUUGGAAGCCAUUGGAGUUGUCGCAUGUGUGGCUGAAUGUUGUCAUGUUUCUUUGAUUUAAAAAUGAGUCUGCAUGCUGAAUUCUGUGCCUUAUGAAGUUUGUCUAUGUGGUGUUGAGGAAUGCUUGGGGAUCGCAAGAUGCAGGAAUGGUCACAAGAACUAGGGAGGAUCACAAGAUCCAGGGAUUGACUCAAUAUCCAGGCUGAUCAAAAUGCAUGCAUGUUAAUGACUUAAUUACGAAUGUGGGAAAUAUUUGAUUGAUGUUCUACCAUUUAAGUAAUGUAUGUGUUCUUUGCUCACACGCCUGCCAAGUUCAACGUCCUUAACCAACUGCUGGAAAUCACUGGGCGGAUUUAGACGGCUUACAGCCCACCCCUUUAUAAGACGAUGUCAGAACACUUUAUUUUGCAAACAAUACUGUAUUACUGCACCAAAAUCGCUCUAUUAUUACUCAAACAUCACUCUAUUAAUAUAAAAACAUCACUUUAUUAAUACACAAACAUCACUUUAUUAAUAUUUAAGCAUCAUUAUAUUAUUACACAAACAGAACUCUACUAAUACACAAACAUCAACCUAUAAAUACCCAUUAAACAGAAAAUAAAGAUUAUUUCAUCCUUGUCGUUUUCUUUCCAAAUCUUCAGAGACUGAUGCAGUGAAAUGCCUGACUGAAGAUGUCUAGACCAUCACAUCCAACCACAGGAUGACAAACAUUUAAGGCAGAAAUUCGUACCCAGAUUAACUUGUGGCAUAUUUCGGGGAAGAUCCACCUCUCUUUGGAGCAAUCUUCGACCGAUGGUUUUCGACAUUAAUUCCUAUGUCAGCUUUAUUAUAAAAAAAAAACAAAAAAAAACUUAAGAAAUACAAACCUGUGUGCUCAUUAACUUUUAGAAUAAUUUUAAUUUAGUAGCUUUUUUAAAUUACUUUUUUUUAUGUCUUCUCAUUUGGGCUUGUCCGAAUUCUGUUAGCCGGAUUUAAGAUUUUGAUGCUCGCUGUAAAUUAACUUUGGACACAUUGAGUUACCAGUCUUCUCUGGUUGUCCACCAUAAGCAACCCUGGAAGGGGGUUCUUAAGCCUUCUUAGGGUCGUUAAUGUACAUAGUAGGGAUAGAAGAAAUGUACGUUUAACAAAAAUAAACAAGAGUUUUAAACAUUCUGAUAGUGAUUUCAGGAACACAAUUUUCAACAGUUAACUUCAUUAUUGGAAAAAUAUUUGUUUAGUUUUUAAGUCGAGCCGAGCAGAUAAUGAACAAAAUGGCGGAAAUCUUCUGGCUCCCCGUGUGUUUACUGGUUGUGUGUGCGGCGGUCCCAUUGGAUAGACACGGAGAGAUCCCAUUGGCCGAACAAAACGACUUUCCGGAGUUGCCGACGGCCGACGAAAACGACAUCCCCGAUGUUAAGGACGGUAGGCAAAGACCCCAUUCCAGGCAUAAAAUUAAACAUAGUCGAAAUAGGCUUUUUGAGAUGUUACAGUUAUAUUUACAAAAUGAUACUGUGUCCGGGGAGGUUGAAGAGGAUCGACGGUUAGCUCAGAAAAUCAACAAGCGCUCAGAGCGAAACCCGAACAUAAAAAAUAACGCAUCGGUGAACGAAGAAGCGAUCAGAAACCUGACAAUGUCGGGCGACGUCACGCGCGACACAAACGUUUGGAUGUUUAGCACUUUCCAACUGUUGAAGCAACAGAAAGUGAGUUUUCACAGCAGAUCUUUUCUAACGGAUCUCCGGAGACACAUUUCCGGGCACGAAGAGCUGUCGUAUUUCCGGAAUGCCUCCGGUGAGCAGAGCAUUGUUGAAACCCGAAAUCGUUACGUCAGCGCCCAGUCCGCACCGCACAAGUCGACCACGACAGGUAAACAACCGCAGCAGCAGUACCCCAACCAACACCCGCAGCAGGCGCGGAAAAUGACGAAGGGGGAAGGGACCCCGGCAGAGAACGUGACGGUGGCUCCGGGAGCCGCCGCGGCGGAGCAUGGCGCCGAAAACAUGACGUCGUGUGAACACGUGACCGGAUACAACUCGGUCCGAUGGAUGCAUCUGGUGGUCGGGUGCCCCUCGGCUUGGCCAGCGGACGACGUGAGGAUCCAGUGCGAGGCCUGGAACGACCUGGCGAUGAUGUCGCUGGACGCUUUCCCCUUCCUGCCCGUCCAGGAUGACCGCGGGGCGAUCUACGCCAACGUGUUCUGCGCCAAGUGCCACGGCGUCGGUACGAUUCUGCCGUGGACCACGCGGUUCGUCUGCGACAACUUCCCGCAGAACGAGCGUCUCGCGCUGCUCAACCUUUCCAACACGACCUCCCUCAAGGAGUAUCUGGUGGCGCCCCACUGCAAGAGGGAGGUCGUCCCCUCGGUCCCGGAGACCAUAGUCUCGUGCCGGUCCUACGGGCAGCAGGCCGGCGUUCGGAAAACUGGGAGCAGCUCGUAUGACGUGGCCAGUUUCGACUACCCCGUGUCCUUCAACGUCCUCAUGAACUUUGACUUCACGGGGGACACCCACCUGCUGUUCAGUGCCGGGCCGAAAAUCUUGGAGGAAUACAUACCGAGGUAAGACAGCUACGUUAUUUAAUGUCAUGCUAUGCCAUAUAUAUAUAUAUAUAAUAUAUAUAUACUACGUCAUUCAAUCUCUUACUACGAAAUUCAAUAUAUAAUUAUAUACCUAGGCCUAAUUACGUCAUUCGUACUCUAUCUUACGUCACUCAAUCUACAACAACGUCAUUCAAGCUCUAGAUUAUGUCAUUCACAUAAUUAGAUAUCUACUUGAUGUUGUUAAUAGUAUCCGAUAAAGAGUCAGUUACGCAACUAUACACUUGUACUCACCAUUGAUUGUGCAGCCAGUAAAACACCUACCCCUCAAAUGACAAAUCGCUGCAACUCAUAAUCAUGUGUGUGUGUACAGUAUAGAUUGAUGCACAUGAAAUGUCAUAUGUGUGUUCAAUAUAGAUUGAUAUACACGUAAUGAAGUGUAAUGUCAUGUGUGUGCACUGUAUAUAUUAAUAUAGAUAUAAUGUCAUGUGUGCUCACUAUACAUAUUAAUAUAGAUGUAAUGUCAUGUGUGUGCACUAAAUAAUAUAGAUGUAAUGUCAUGUGUGCGCACUAUAUAUUAUAUUAAUAUAGAUGAGAUGUCACGUGUGUGCACAAAAUAUAUAGUUUGACAGACGUGUAAUAAUGACACGCGUGUAUUGGUGUGUCAGGUGCCGAGAGUGGGAGACGUUCGACACCUACAGCCAGACGUGCCGCCCGAUCACCUGCAACAAGUUCUACACCUUGGUCGGAGACAGGUGCGUGCCGACGGGACACGACUCCACUCCAACUGAUGUAAGAUUGGGGUGUGUCUAAGUGAGUGGGGGCGUGCUUGUGUGCCUAAGUGUGUGGGUGUGUCUAAGUGUGUGGGUGUGGGUUCUAAGUGUGUGGGUGUGUGUUUGUGUGUGUGUGUGUGUUUCUAAACGUGUGUGUGUCUAACUGUGUGUGCGUGUAUAAUGAGAAGGUGUUCUCGUUUAUGUGUCAUCAUAGUCCGUAUGUGUAAUACUAUUUAGUAUGCAGUUGCGAAGGAAGGGGUUGCGGGGCCCGGGGGGGGGGGUUGCCUCGGGUAACGCUUUUUCUUUAAAAAAGGUGUUCUCGUUUAUGUGUCAUCAUAGUCCGUAUGUGUAAUACUAUUUAGUAUGCAGUUGCGAAGGAAGGGGUUGCGGGGCCCGGGGGGGGGGGGUUGCCUCAGGUAACGCUUUUUCUUUAAAAUGAAGUGACAAUAUGUUCGGACAAAUGCAGGGGGGUUUUCUUUAUGGAAGGAGUGGCCAAAAUUUUGACCCCCCCCCGGGUGGCAUUAAACCAAGCAACGCCACUGUGCGUAUGUGUUUGUAUAUGACUUAUGAUUAUGUGGCAUUGUUCUAAUUGUGUUUGGUAGUGUUUUUGUAAGUGUAUUGGACUUUGAGAUCUUGACGUAGUUUUCGGUAAUAAAGGGGGGAGGGGGGUAAAAAUUUUGCCCUUAAAGAUUCAUCCCAUAAAGAUGGGUCGUCUCCCCCUUGAUAUUUGUUGAUGAUUGAUGUUACUGAGCUUUUGAGAAGAUUCACGAACCGUCUUAAUUCGAGAUGUGUGUUGUGUGUGUGUGUGGGGGGGGGGGGGGGGUUUUUAAUUUAUGGAGCGAGGAUGGUCCCUACAUUCAUUAAAACAUGUAGAAAAUAUCAACUAUUCCAUUAAUUAUUCGUCGGCAGACCAAAAGAUUCAGCGCCAUCCAUGGUUUGUAUGGUUAACUGGGACGGUCACGGUAUAAUUAGAUUAUUUCAAAGACUCAACUCUUGGAGGCGACGGUGAACUUGACUAUUGUUAUUUAAGAUUUAUAAAAACAUUUAUGAUAUCCCGAAUCCUGUGGUUCACACUCCUCGAUUGGUUUAUUUGACUUAUGACUUCUCUAUUAAAUCCUUCAUCUUAACUCCGCUUAUUGUUCGAGUCUUUCUGUCUGAGGCAAACAUCUUCGGAAGGCUAAUUGACCCAUUGCCCGUCAUCCUAUCGAGGUGAAAUUUGGCAUAUAGACUCUAAGCGGAUGACAACACAUUCUAUCAAAUUUUCAGCCCCAACCCCCCAAAAAAAUCCGCAUUUCCUGUUUUUCACGAGGGGGGGGGGAGUGUGGGGGAAUGAAUGAAAUAUGAUUUGUUCCUUGGCUGUGUGUUUUUCUUUUGAGAUUCAUUGUGUAGAUGUCGCUGCGUGCUUCGUAUUUGUGACGGUAUCUGGGUAUGCAGUUAGAAUAAAAUACAUUUUUGAAGGGGUAAAUGAAUGAAAUAUGAUACGUGGUUUAUCUAACCAAUUACAUAACCGCUGCUUAAUAAAUGAUGCACAGUUGCAUAAAUGCAAAAAAAAAAAAAAUGCAUAUAAAGGAUUUAUACGAAAAACUUUGGUUUUAUGUGUUAUUUAAUUUUCAAGACAGUAAGCCGUGAACAAAACAUCUUUCAGUGUCAUAAUUGCUUAGAUCAGCGUUAACCAAACGGCGGUCCGUGGGCCGGCGCCGGUCUGCAAGCCUUCACGUUGCCGAUCCGCAAAAUAUUAGUCAAGAAACAAUGUUGGGGAGAUUUACAUGAUUGAGUUUUAUUUAUUUUAAAGCAAACUUUGGAGUUUCUUUAUCAUAAAAAUACGGAGCGUUUUACGCGCCUAAUAUUUUAUUUUUUUUUCUCCUUACAUUACACGCUAUGUUUCAAACUUUUUAAAAUUUGUUAUUCUUCUGACUACAGACUUUAAAUUACCGAUAGAUUUAAAUCUACCUGCUAUGAAAUACACGCCCAAUUAUUCUAUGAAUGACUCCCCAGAGCAUAGUUGAUCUGCAGCAGCUUCACAGCAUUGAGCAAACGGCCCUGGUGUCUCUCGUGCUGAACAUCACCUACGGCGAUUACCUGCUCAUCAGGUUCCAGAACAUGAGCGUCAAUGUGGAGCGCCAGAUCGCUGGUAGGUCAAUUCACUGUCAUUGUAAAAAGUUAUAAUUUAUGUUUAUGUAUUAUUCACUUGCCCAUCACUACUAAAACUAUACAUGAUUAGUACGUUCCAAAUCAAAUAAAUUCAAUGACCCCCAAAAUAAAAAGAAGUAUGACUCCUCAUCACGGGGCUCCUUAAAGUCCCAGGGCCCCUUAAAGUCCCAGGGCCCCUAAAAGUCCCAGGGCCCCUAAAAGUCACGGGGCCCCUUAAAGUCCCGUGGCCCCUAAAAGUCACUGGGCCCCUAAAAGUCACUGGGCCCCUAAAAGUCCUGGGGCCCCUAAAAGUCACGGGGCCCCUAAAAGUCACGGGGCCCAAAAAGUCACGGGGCCCCUAAAAGUCACGGAGCCCUUUAAAAAAGUAAAGGUCCCUGUGGCAUGUGAUUACUUCCGCAAUUAGGGUUAGCCCUGCGCUGGGCGUCUCAGACGUUAACUGAAAAGAGUUUGUUUGAGUUGUUAAAGAAAGCUUAACACGGACACAAUUUCAUCUCAUCAAAAAAACGUAAUUAGAUUUGGGUUAGAUCAUCACAAAAAUUAUAAGAGAGAAACUGUCACCAAGAAGUGAGCUGUCAAUGUCUCACUAAUCUGAACAUGAAGGUCGUGAAAAUGUUGUCAUUAUUAUUUUUAUUGUUUUAUAAAGCUACCAAGAAGUUUUUUCAGUAUAAAUCUUAAAAUUAAAAUGGUCAGUGUUGAUGACGUGGCUGUGUAUUUCGUGUUUUUUUUCCCACCUAUUUUUUUCUCCUUCUCUCUAUCUCACAGAUAAACUAAACAUCAGCAUGGACCGCAUCAAAGACGUCAACGUCACCUUCGACUUCGGCAGCACCAACGCCACCUCACUCAAGGUCACCACCUUGACCGAGGAGCAGUACAAACAAAUCUUCCCGCCCUUGAUCGACGAGCCGAACGCCCCGACCAAUAAGCCAAACACGGACUCCUACAGCACCGGCACGGUCAAGGCCAGGCAGAAAUACGAGCACGGCUCACACCCGAGCCCUUGCGUCACACGGCCGGGCGAGACGACUCACGGGGUCAAGUCAGACAAGAAGAACUCGUCCCACAAAACGAGCCGCUUGGCGGAGCAUGACAGCAUCGACUGGUCUCAAGUGGACAUUGACCAAAUUAUUUCUGAUCUGUCCGAGCAAGCUUCGAAUGGAGAUGCCAGGGUUCAGGAAAGAAGUCACCCGGACAGAAGUGGCGAGAUGGACGAUGCCCAGAGGCAGUUGUCGCUCUUGGCGAACACUCUCUUCAAGAGAAAAGCUCUGCGGAAGUACAUGGGAGACGUCAAGAAAGAUGACGUCUGGGACGUGCAAUACAAACCGGUAAAAUCUGUCCUGAAACAAAAGACUAAAUCCAGUAACAGUACCUUGACGGCAUUUUUCGUCAAAGGCAGCGAAACGUUUCUGAUCACUCAAAACGGGACGAACUUCUUGUACAUCUCCGAGCCCGUCAACAACAGGAAUGAUAGAAUAAUUCUCCAGGCCCAGGAUCUGGCGGCCACGGCUGCCUUCAUGACCGGUGUGGAGAUCUUGGAGGCGCUGAUCAACCAGAGCCUGACUAUGAGGGUGACCUUCGUGCUGGUGCCGCCCCACGACCCGCACUCCAACGAGGACGGCACGAACACCGUGCUGCAGAAGAUCAACACGCUGAUCGUGGAGAAGCGGUUCUCGCUGAAGGUCAACGGCAACAACGUGGACGUCAUCGACGCCGACGAUAAGACCGAGGUGGUCGCGGACGCGCGCGACUUCUGCACGUGGGGCGUGGAGUACAUGGUGUACGACGACGAGUUCACAAUGACGACGGUGGACAACGUGACGCUGAUGUACAUCAACAAGACGAACUCUUACAUCGGUGUGGGCCGAUUCGAUCUCUACAUCAUGGUAUCGGGCAGUCAGAAAGCCAACCAGACGAACGUUACGGACAUGUCCAAGUACGCCUUCGUCUGCUUUAUGCCGAGAAUCAGCCAAAGAGACUGCAGUCGGAUCGAUCUGGAGAGCAACGAGUACUACAUCGCGGGGUCGAACCGCUCCAUCGUGUUUGAGGAGAGGGAAUACGACGUGUUUUCGUAUCGCGUCGCCAACGAGUCCACGGGCCGUGUGCAAAUUUGCGUGCCGCUCUCGUUCAACAACAACAUGCAGACGCUCCUCCCGCACGUGACGCGAUACGGGGGCUGCAGCCACGACUUCGAUACCGCCCUAAGAGUGGAAGGUUACAUGACCAUGGUUCUUGGGAGGGUCUCCAUGUUCGCCCUGGCCUGUGUGCUCGUCACGUACUGCCUGUUUUCGAAACUCAGAAACCUUCCAGGGGUCAACACCAUGAACUUGACCUUCGCGCUACUGACCGCGGAGAUCAUAUUCUCCGAGGGCAUCCUGGUGGAGACCCCGUGGCUGUGCUCCGCAGUCGCCAUGAGCCUACACUUUAGCUUUCUCGCCGCUCACUUCUGGAUGAACGUCAUGAGCUAUGACGUGUUCAGGACGUUCGCCCACGUCUCCAUCUUGCCGAACGUCCGCGAGAAGCGACGUUACCUCCCCCGGUACGCGGCUUACGCCUGGGGCGUUCCCUUCGUCAUCGUCGGCCUUUGUGCUUUCAUCGACUUCUCUGAUCUGUUCGACAACGUCUCCAUCGGAUACGGCAAGGAGGAAUACGGCAACGUGAACAUCAGCGACUACGACUACCUCGUCACGCCCGACGGCGAGGUCGAAAUCAAAGACAUCCGCAACACGACCGGUGACGUCAACAUCAAAGGCGUCGUCCCCUCGAUUUGCUGGAUAACCAAACCCCUGGCCACGCUCGUCGCCUUCGGGGCCCCCGUCAUGGUCAUCUUCCUGACCAACUGUAUUUUCUUCGCCAGGACGAUCCUGAGCAUCUCCAGGACGAUGAAGGUGACGAAGAAAAGCAUAACGGUCCGCCAUUCCAAUUCGUCUUUCCAGAAAAUGACCGGCCGCUCGGACGUGAUGCUCUACGUCAAGAUGUCCACCGUGAUGGGGUUCACGUGGAUCUUCGGGAUCAGUUCGUCCAUCCUGAGCUCGUUCGCCAAGCCGAUCACGUACCCGAUGUGCAUCGUCAGCCACGCGCUGGCCAUCUGCUUUACCCUGUUCAACGCGUCACAGGGGCUCCUCAUUUUCAUCGCCUUCGUCUGUAAUCGGCGGGUGCUGACGCUGUACAAGGACCUGCUCAAAAGGGCGAGGCAGAUUGCUCUCAAGAAGUCGACCAGCUCCACGCUGUCCUUGGUGUCGACGAUAGAGUCGUCGUCGGCGAAAUACAUUUUAGGAAGUCGUGGUAAACAAGUGGUGUAAUAUAGUUUUAGGUGAUCUAACAAUUUUUUUUUUAACUAAUAACGCCAACAAGGGGAGAAAAAUGAAUUUCUAUAUUGCAAAUGGUAUCAUUGCUCAUGCACAUUUUGAUUUUAAAUAACAGAAUGUUACAAAAAUGGUUAACAACCUGAAAAUUGGAUGGAUAUGUGAAGUUGUGGUUUAUGCACCGGGAAGUUGUAGUUAAUUCGCUGUAGUUAAGGCUGUUCCGUUGCCAGAGAAUGGCAACCUACUAGGAUGUUCAAACUACACAGGAAUUAUGCUGUUAUCUGUCAGGAAAAAAAUCAUUAACAGGAUGAUAUUGGAAAGAGAUGACACUGUUGAGUCAAAACUUGCGAAUGGAAGUUGGUGAUUGUCGAUAGAUCAUACUGAGCAAAGGUCAAUCGGCUACACGAUGCGUUAUUGUACAACAGUGGGUUGAAUGGAAUGCCUCAUAAUACAUCAAAUUAUAGACUUUAAAAAAAAAAGGCAGUCUAACAGUCAGGUCUUACACACCUAACCGUAUGGAAUCUGACAUGGCUGUAUAGGAUUCAUGAAAAAAAAAAAUCACUAACUUAAUCAAAGCCACAUACAAUCAGUGACGUUGUUGUUAUUCGUCAAUCGCGUACGGAAAUAACCAAUGUUAUAUUUAACGGUAAGUACGAAGGCAGCCUGCCAGUCCCAUUUGUGUCUGGAAAGCUUUUCCCGCACGUAGGGCACAUGUUGGUUUUGGGUCUUAAUUGGAGAACUUGGAUUAAUUUGAGCCGAUUCAUAUCUUCCUUGCCGUACGCUGUCUUUGGCCGUGAGCGGUGCGCUUAUUCUCUGGGGGAUUGUACUCAAACAGUGAGUCUGACACGCCCAGCUUGUACGAUCCAUAACAAGAUAGCAAGAGUUCACCACGAAUCAAAGUCAAUAUCCAUGGAUAUGAGAGAAGUUUUUUUUUUUUAGACAGUCCUUGAGGCAUUUUUUCUGCCCACCAGUUGAGCUUUCCCUCGGAAGAGUUCACCAAACAUGUGUUGCUUGGGCAGUCUGCUGUCUGGCAUUCUUGCAAAGACGUAAGAGGAAGGGCGAAGGGUCGGUCCAUCCCGUUAAAACUUUUUGGAGAUUGGACAUUUUAAUUUUAGGCCAAAUGCAGAGCGUUUUUUUGUUUUUUUUAGAGAAAGUGGGCGGAUUAAUUCCUAGGGCUGCAUUACCCCUAGCUAAGCCACUGCUUAUAAUGAGACUUUCAAUCUCAUCGGAAUUAAUAUUGGUACUGAAAGGCGUGAUCUAUUUACUUUAACAGUGUAUCAGUGAAAUACAUAUUUUGAAGAUAAUGCUAAGUUAAAGUUCAAGUUUUAACCAGAUAAAUGAGUUAAUGGAUUAUUAGCUACUGAUCUUUCUUUAUAACUUUCAUGUAAAUUUCCUCUAUUCUUUGUUGUUAAAUUUUCUUAACGCAAUCA